GUCAUGAUAAACAUUUUGUGAAAAGCGUAGCUUACUGUAAGGACGUAGAACCCAACCGCGGUACGUACAGAGAUAUGUGUGCGCAGCUCGCAGUGAUGACACCGAGUGACAAGAUUGUUCGUAGCACGUGAGAUUGCGUGGAUCAAGAGAUAGAUUUUGUUAAGCAAAUGCAAGUGCUCAUAUUUUGAAACAUGGUACCAAAUCCUUCGGCAUCAGGUGAUUUUUCUCCUGGUGAACACACUCCAAACUACCUUCAGGUAGGAUCAAAUCAUACGUGGCCCGGCGGACAACAAUCUGUCAACUACACCUUGCCACUAGGCGGGUGGAUUUGGUGUGAUAUAUGGAAAGAACCUCAACAUCUUAUGUUUCAACUUGCCAAUGUGUGCUUCCUAGUUGCUUACUCGGCUCCUUCUUCCAAACGCGGGCAAUUGUUUAUGCACUCUGUUUUAAUAAUAAGUUUUAUGGUAUAUUCCGCUUGGGCCUGGCAAGUUAUUUGUGCGCCAGAUGUGUUUUCGUGGAAUUUUGCGUUUUUCUUUAUGAACAUUGGACAGGUCGUAUACAUCAUUUACGAAAUGCGACCGGUUAAAUUCGAUUCCGAACUAGAAGAAGCCUAUAAUAACCUUUUUCAGCCGUUUAAAGUGUCUCGAUUGCAGUUUAAACGAAUGGUGUGCACGGAUUUUGCGCAAGUUAUGUCGUUGCAUGCUGGAGAGGCGUAUGCUAUGCAGAAUCUCACGAGAACCGAUCGCUUAGGACUGCUGUUGUCUGGUAAAGUAAACGUUCUUUCGGAUCAACAGUUUCUACAUCCAAUACUUCCAUGUGAAUUUCUGGAUUCUCCAGAAUUCGAAUCCAGUCGGGCUGGCGUCGAUGACAAAUUCAAAGUGUCAAUUGUAGCUGCUAGUUCAUGUCGUUAUUUAUUUUGGCAACGAGCGGCCUUAGAAUACUUAUUUGUUAAAGAGACUUAUUUAGCUACGGUACUAACUACUUUAGUUGCACGUGAUAUUACAACCAAGUUGUAUGCAAUGAACAACAAGAUCGUCACGGAAAAGGGAUCUCACUUAGAUAUACGAUUACCCAGUAUUACAAACUCUUUAACCUCAGGUGGAGAGUAUAAAAGUCCACCACGAAUUAUUCGAACGACAAAUUUAUUAGACUGUUGUCCUCUAUCGCCACGUUCAGCGUCAUCUAGAGAGCGACUUCUUCCCAAAGAAAUAUCACUACUUCAAGGAGCGCGAAAUAAGAGACGAGGAGAGAUGGAACCAUUGACCGAAUUGCCUUCAUCGGACGAACGACCUGAGCGCGACGUUCAAGUCUGGUUAGAAACCAGUUCAAAAUAUCAGGCCUGGAAACUCGAUGAAAAUUAAUUGUGCUAAUCUGCAAUGAUUUUUGUCACAUUAUUAUUUGGCCAUUAUGUACAUGAAUA